AUGACGAUGGAUCUGAGGCUAAUUCAUUCAGUCCCUCCCUGGUACUCGUGUGCAAUGCCCAAACCAGUCUAUGAGUCAUCUGAGGCAUUAGCGUCUUGGAAUGUCCCAGUUUAUGCGGACCACACCAUCUUCAAGGCUAACAGAGUGGACGCUCGAUUUGUGGACCACAAGAAUAAGAAGGUGUGGGCUGUGGAGAUGUGCUGUCCGUGGAUGGAGCAUCAGGAAAAGAAGUCCGAGAAGAAGACGGUCAAAUACGGGCCACUGCUGAAGAAGCAGUACCCUGCCUAUGACGUUGACAAAUAUAACAUCAUCAUUGAUGUGCUGGGGGGAUGGCCAAGGGAUGUAGACCUGACAAUGAGGAAGCUCUUUGGCAGCAGGAGCUAAGACGUAUUGAGAAGGAUGCAGAAGGCUACCAUCUCGAGUUCUCUCUACAUAGCGAGAACUACCGUCACUUGACUUUCCCUGAAGGAAUAGCAUAGGAGCUCAAUAUAAUUUUAGUAUCAGAGAGCUUUAGAUUGUCUAUAAGAUUUUUAUCUUUUAUCGCCAAUUUUUUUUUAACUCAGCAGUUUCCUUUUCAUAGUUCCUUCAGAUCGCAUAGGUUACGCUGCGCGCCCUAUGUGGCUCUAUUUUAGCAUCCAUACGUUUAUCAACUGCACAUAAUAAUAAUAAUAAUAAUAAUAAUAAAAUAAUAAAAGAUGUUGGACUUGACUGGAAUCCCAAGAGAGUGCUCGGUAGUGCAUGUUAAGAAGGGGGCUAAAGUAGAGGACACAGAAGGAGUGAAGAGAGACGAGACGUCAGUCAUACUUAAAGUGCUUAAAAGAGGGCAGUCAGCACAAGUUUCUUGGAGUACUGGAGUCCACGAGGUAAGAAGAUAAGUUAGCAUCCAGGGUUGCUUCUGAGGUGUAUUUGGACAGAUUGUCUGUAAUAUGGACCGGUACAUUGUCAGACUAUCACCGGAUUGUGGUCUCAAAUCAGUAUGCUCUCCCAGCGCUGACCUAUCUAAUGUGGACUCGACACCUGUCUGUGACAGAGCUUCAGCGAAUUGACCGAGAAGCACGCUAGAUCAUCGUGGAAAAUGGCAGUAAACACCCUCUCGGCUUUGUGUUACCUAGAAAGAGAGCAUGGGCGACGUGGCCUGAGAUCAGUAAAUUAGGAUUAUAAGGCCAUUAAGAACAAAGGCGCACUUAAACUUUACAAGAACACAGACCCGACAAUGAAUCUCGUACGGAGGUUCGAGGAACGUUCGGGUGAGUACGCUGGGCCACAACUCACUUAUCAAGUAGGCGACGCAGUUCAGUAGCAUUCUAGGCCUAGAACUGAACCUGAAUUACCUUACCUCGUCAUGUUGUACCGAGGAGGGCGAGGUAGUCGAGUACUCGAAAAUCAAGCAGACGUUGAGGGGCGCUCAGCAGCAGAAGUUAAAGGAACAGGUGGUGGGCGAAAAUUGGCAGGGGAAGCUGAUCGCAUCUCGAUGGGAGGAUACAGAACAAGGAAACGGUUGCUUUGGCUGGCCAAGCUGGAGGAGGACAUGUCCUACAUAUGUUAUUGCUGGCGUGUACGAGCUUUACGAACGGUUGCUUCUUACCCGAGUAAAUUACAGCAAGAAGACAAGAAGGGGGCCGGGCAUUGAGAUCAUGUGCAGACUGUGCGGCAAGGCGGCGGAACCUGGCGGGAUGUUGUGCGCUCGCGCAAAGCGAGUAUCUGCGGUGGCAUAAUAAUAAUAAAAAAAAUAAUGCGGUGUUGAAGAUCCUCUUCUUUGAGAUACUGUACAGCUUGGACCUGAUAGACAGUGUACCACCAUGGUACUCGCCGACUGAACCGGUCUACGAGAACGACCGCGCGCAAGCCUACUGGGAUGUCUCGGUGUACGCUAGCCAUGAUGAGGUGAGAGCGAAUCGAAUUGAUGCCCGGAUAGUUCACAACUCGGCAAAGACUGUCAUAUUUUUGAGACUGGAACUAAAGAGGCAGUUUCAGGGCUUUCAGGUGAAACAGUUCGACAUCCUUAUGGACGUGUUAGUGGGCUAUAGUAAAGAACUUGAGAGCACAAUGCGUACCCUAACAGGUUCUAGAAGCAAAGAGGUGCUACUAAAGAUGCAGAAGACCGUCCUCUCAAGUAGUCUAAGCAUAGCACGCCUUUUCAAAGUGAUGAUCUGA